AUGAGGGAAAUAGUGCAUAUACAGGCCGGCCAGUGCGGCAACCAGAUCGGAGCAAAGUUCUGGGAAGUAAUAUCUGACGAGCACGGAAUUGACCCUACUGGCACAUACCACGGAGACUCAGAUCUCCAGCUGGAAAGGAUCAACGUGUACUACAAUGAGGCAACCGGAGGAAAAUACGUGCCAAGAGCUAUUUUGGUUGACUUGGAACCAGGCACCAUGGACUCCGUCAGAUCUGGCCCGUUCGGACAAAUAUUCCGCCCAGACAACUUUGUAUUUGGACAGUCGGGCGCUGGCAACAACUGGGCGAAAGGUCACUACACUGAGGGUGCAGAACUAGUAGAUUCAGUCUUAGACGUCGUAAGGAAGGAAGCGGAAGGAUGUGAUUGUUUACAAGGAUUCCAGUUGACACACUCUCUAGGAGGUGGCACGGGGGCCGGCUUGGGAACGUUAUUAAUCUCCAAGAUCAGAGAAGAGUACCCCGACCGUAUUAUGAAUACAUUCAGCGUUGUCCCGUCGCCAAAAGUGUCUGAUACCGUCGUCGAACCGUACAACGCAACGCUGUCUGUGCAUCAAUUGGUGGAAAACACUGACGAAUCAUACUGCAUCGAUAACGAGGCCUUGUAUGAUAUCUGCUUCCGUACCUUGAAGCUGACCACGCCCACAUAUGGAGACCUGAACCACUUGGUGUCAGCGACGAUGUCUGGAGUGACGACUUGCCUUCGCUUCCCUGGCCAACUGAACGCGGAUUUGAGGAAACUAGCCGUGAAUAUGGUGCCGUUUCCUCGCCUGCAUUUCUUCAUCCCUGGUUUUGCGCCUUUGACGUCUCGUGGCAGCCAGCAGUACAGAGCGUUGACGGUUCCCGAGUUGACCCAGCAAAUGUUUGACGCGAAAAACAUGAUGGCUGCAUGCGACCCGCGUCAUGGAAGAUACUUGACUGUUGCUGCUGUCUUCAGAGGCCGUAUGUCCAUGAAGGAAGUAGACGAGCAAAUGAUGAAUAUUCAGAACAAGAAUUCUUCGUACUUCGUAGAGUGGAUUCCGAACAAUGUGAAGACAGCCGUGUGCGAUAUUCCGCCAAGAGGCUUGAAGAUGUCUGCGACAUUUAUCGGGAACUCUACUGCUAUUCAAGAGCUGUUCAAGCGCAUUUCUGAGCAGUUCACCGCCAUGUUUAGACGUAAGGCGUUCUUGCAUUGGUACACUGGCGAAGGGAUGGAUGAGAUGGAAUUUACUGAGGCUGAGAGCAACAUGAAUGAUCUGGUGUCUGAGUACCAGCAGUACCAGGAUGCUACGGCUGAGGAGGAAGGAGAGUUUGACGAAGAGGAGGAAGGUGGCGACGAGGGAGACUAG